GAUGUGUAGGGACGAAAUCGUAUUGAAAUGCUAUAUACUCUCCACUGUCCUUACUUUUCCCUUAUAUUUGCCUUAUUUAAUGAGGAAAUGAGCUCCGCUUUGCUCCACAAUAACUGUACAACCAAUUCAGCAAGCGAUUGUCCUCUGUUAUGGUUGUACGUGAAGAACUUCUGUCUUAAUAAGGUAACAUUCCUUUUUUUAAGCAGUAUCCAUUAAAUUUAUUUAUGAUUACGUCAAAGUCCAUAGCCUCCUUAUCAUUAUUAAAUGAAAAUGUGUCAUAAAUUUGUCUUCCUUGUGGACCUAUGCAUGUUAACAAAAUACUUGACUUAACUUUUGUUGACUUGCUAUCCUUUCCUCUAGUGACAUGGUAGAAUUCCAGUUCUUAUUUCCUUUUCUUCCAGUGUUCCCUCAAGUUCCCAUCAAAGGUCUAAUGUGCAGGUGGAGUGUUUCAUAUUUGUAUGAGUUACGUUCAUCCCACUUCCGACACCAUGUUGUCUUCAGUGACAAGUUGCAUUGCUUACUUUGUUGGUAAUAAUAUUGUUCGCGAUGACUGAUGACCCUGUCAACUCAUUCAAUACAUGAGGUAGAAUCUCAGGAACAUCCUGAUGUGUGUUAAUAUUGAAUAGUUUGUUCCUAGCGUUGAACAUCUAACGUUGUAACGCACAGAGAAAGGCGGAAGGAUCUAUAACUGAGGUGGAUUUAGACAACAGAGACAUAUUCUGCAAGACGGACUUGGCCAGGGGAACAAAAAAGGACUCCGGUGCACUUUGCGAACAAAGUGCAGGAGUAACAGAUUUUGUUUGCAGGAUAGAAUUAGCAUAGCAUGUAUUCCCUAUAUUAAUGAAGUCAGCAUGAGUUGGUUUUCUGGAGUUCUGUUGGUAGGCGGUUCUGGGUCCGGGUGUAAUUGACCUUUAGCCAAUGUUGGCCUUUGUUGGUGUUGCUGUGGUCGUUGCUGCGGGCUUGUAACCCUUAUCAAUAGAAGGGGGGCACAGAUGUGGAGCCUGACGCAAGAUUGCAGCUGCCUUGGUUCUACGUAAAAAAGUUCCUGGCUAGCCAAUUGCAAAAGGAUGCUUUCAUACAAACGUCGCCUAAUUUGCGGAUGGCUUGAAAAGCUUCUUUGUUUGUGAUACCAAACCUUUUUAAACAAAAUGCAACCGACCGAGAGCAACAUCCACUUGCACCCACUUUAAUUGCGAGCAGAUUUACUUGCCAUCCAUUAUGCUCGAUAAUAUUUGUCAAAGGGAUGUAUUUAUAGGGCCUUUUGGAGUGCCAGGUUUCCAUGUUUUCCUUACAAGGGCAAUUAAGUUCAAUUAAAAUAACACGUUUCCUGUUAUAGCAACAUGACCAGGAAAAAUAAGUUCACCAUUUAAAUCUAAAAGAAAUAACCAGUCAGUGGCAAGAUGCAAAAGGCUUACCGCUUUUGAUUUUUUGCUAGAGGGGCGACUGCCUGCUUUAACAAAUAUUAUAUUAUUUAGGUGCUUUACGGGAGAGGAAAUAGAUUUGGAAAAUGUGGUGAUCGACUGUGAAAGUUCGCGCAAGACAGAGUCGUGACGAAUCCUGAAUCUACCCUGCGUUAGAGCAGUUUUACAGGCCCCUAAAAUGUGAGCUGUAGUGCACGCUUGUUUUCCACACAAGAAACAGAAGGAUUCGAUACAUAUACGCCAACGCCUUUAAUUACUUAAAGAAGGAAGAACAUCGUAGGUUAAGCUUAAACAGAACGACAACAGGUUGGGUUCCAUGGCAAGCAGAGACUUCAAGGAGAGGUCGUUUAACAUAGUUGUCCCAUCUGGUCCAACUUCCUUGCAUCUGCAGUUGCAGAGCUCUGGUCGUAUCCUUUUCACUAUCAAUUUCUUUUGCAGUCACUGAUACUAAUUUCCUGUAAGAAUGAGACUGUCUAAGAGAAGUUCCUUUAUGUUUAGGACAGAGACCUACCUGUUUCCCUCAAUAUGACUAUAUCAUAUGCUCAUGAUUACCUGGUUGUUGUAGGUGCAAGAUAAUCAUGUUUUUCCUAGCCCUGUCCAGGAUUUGAUUGCUGAAUCUCUCAUUUGUAAGAGUGUUAUAGCCAUUAGACCAACCUGGCAUAAAUUGAUGCAUAAUUUUGCAUAAAGUUGAAUCUUAUAAGAAGAAGUUUACAGUAAAGUCUAAUUUACUGUGCUUUUCAAAAACGUCAAAAUACAGUUUUCUAAUAUGAAUGUCCCGAUCAAACCCAAACAAAUGUGGUCACAUUUUACCCUUAACAGCCAGGAAAUUUAUUAUAAUUGGUUUUUAUGAGCACUCUAGCCUAAUCAAUGAGGCUUUAUUAAAGGGUGUCAACUUCAAUUUAUAUAUGAAUCUUUUCAUUUUCUUAAAAAAAAUGUAUUUGUUUUCCAUCACGAUUUUGGACUGGUUAUGCAAAAUUGACAUCGUCUAUCUCCUAGAUGCUAAACAAGUGGGAGAUGAAAGAAUUACUCAAACGCUUUGCAUUAAAAGCAAGUAGCAACCUUGAUUGUGGUGCUGUCCAUAAUAUGCAUAUCAUGCACAUUCUUGAACAACUAAUACGUGGGUACAUGUCUGGUAGCAAUAAUCAAAAGUGGAAGAAUUCGCUUUUCUCCGGAGUGAAGUAAACUGUUUAACUCAAAUUACAUUUGACAAAUUAAAAAUUUGUAAAUUAUAAUAUCUAAGUCUUUGAUCUCACUUUACUAGAAAAAAGAAUAACAAUGUCAACACGUAUUUCUACCGUUUUGAAUGUCAAAAAAGGGGAACGAUCCACUUGCAUCUACUUGUUUGGAUUCAAAACACUAAAGAUUUAGCAUUGGAUCGGAUUAAAUGGACCAUGGAAUCAAAGAAUCCAUCCAUAGGCUACCACGUACAAAAGCUGCAAAAGUCAGAUUAACGUGUUUUCCAAUCGCAAGAGCCACACUGAUGACAGUGGGGUAAUUCAUUUGGAGCACGACGUUCUUGCUUUUGCAAACAAACUCAGAGCAUAUAUAGAUACCAUUCUAGGAACAUUAAUGUGUCGUAUGGAUGAAAGAUUCCUUUCAAUUAACAGGAGAAAAUGCUCGCAACGUUCCCGGUUUUACUUUGGUGUGUCAGUAUCUGAUGCAACUGCAAUUAACGGCGCCUGAGAUGACAACUCAUUUCGCAAACAUUAAAGUUGCUUGGACACCUACUAAAACAAAGACGUUUGUUAUACCAAAACCGUUGAAUCCCAAUGAAAAUACGGUGAUUCAAAAGUAUCUCCAAAGGCCGCAUUAUUGCACAGAAAUGUCACUGCAGAACUAUAUCCGCAAUUUUGAUACAGCAAAAAAUCCACCCCCACCAUAUAGGGAUCAAAAACCAAGAUUGGUGGCAACAAUAUACGCCUCAAUAUUUAACCCCGUUUACUUUUGGCAACAUACGUUAAUGUCAAUGCCAUUUCGAAACACGUCAGAAAUUGUGAACCCAGAAUCGGAGGACUUACCCGAAUCAAUUGCAUAUUUUCAUAAUGCCUUGAUAAUCAAUCCGACAUUUUGGAACGAUAAUCAGAAAAUACGCAAUCAUUUGGAAGCAUCUGUUCACAAGCGUUAUUAUAUUGACACGUUUCUAGUGUACCUUAAGUCGCUACGUUUAAAGAUAUUGGCAUACCAAUCUGGAGAAAUAAUAGUAAACGAUAACGCUGAGGAUACCGAAUUUUCUAUAGAAGAUCUAACUGUAGUCAAUGGAUCGCAGAAAAAAUACAAAUCCACAAGCUAAUUCUGAUAUCGACAAUGUUUCCCUCGACGAACAGUCAAUGGAUUCAAGCUUCAUUGAUGACGACAGCGAUUGUGUUCAAAGUAUUGAUAUUAAUAACUACAAUGAAUCGGAAGAUAGU